AUUUUACCCCACCGGAACGCGAUUUUUACCGGGAUUCCCCACUGAAAAGCGAUUGGGCUGGUUUUGAGCAGCAAUUGGGUGGGUUUUGCUGAGAAAACCUGGCAACCCUGAUCCAGUCAGCGUAGUCGACGUCAUGUCCGUGGGAAACGUCUGCUGGUAGUUCACGAGUGUUCAGCUAGAUAAUUAUCUAUUCUUUAUUUUGUAAUUAAUCGUAUAAAUGUGAAGAUGAUUCUUACAGUGAAGCCGCUUCAAGGGAAAGAGUGUAAUGUUCAGGUGACAGAAAAUGAAAAGGUAUCAACAGUGAAAGAGUUGGUAUCAGAGCGUUUAAACAUCCCUCCCAGUCAGCAGAGACUGCUGUAUAAAGGAAAAGCACUUGCAGAUGAACACCGGUUGAGUGAUUACUCCAUCGGCCCGGAGGCCAAGCUGAAUCUGGUGGUGCGUCCGGCAGGCGAGAGGAGCGGCGCGAUGGGAACCAGCAGCAGUAGUCCUGAUAAAGCAGGCAGUGGUGUGUGGCAGUUAUUGUCAACUGUCCUGGCCAAACAUUUCAGCCCAGCUGAUGCAGCAAAAGUACAGGAGCAACUUAUUAAGGAUUAUGAACGUUCGCUCAGACAGCUGAGUCUGGAUGACAUUGAGCGUCUAGCCAGCCGUCUGCUGCAUCCAGAGACAGAAGGCAUGGAUACCUCAUACAUGGACUAAAACACACUAGACUGAUGGAAACAGUGGACGAGCCACGGUCAGGGAGCGAGAUGUUUCAUAUGGACUUGAAGGGGCUUCUCUGAUCUACAAGAGGCCACAAUGCUGGCCGUUGCUUUCCCAUCAGAAGAAACCUGUGGUGCUUUUAGUGCAACUUUGUAAAUAUUGUGUGCAAAUUAUUGAGAGACAAUAAAGUGUUCUUGAUCA